CAAAUAGAGUUGAUUUUCAGUUCCCAUGAUGAUUCACCCACUUCUCUAUUCACCUUUCAUGCAAACCCACUUCUCCGUUUUCCCCUCCCUUUUCGAUCCCUUCAUGAUUCACCUUUAAAUAUAAUCUCUUCACCACCUGCCAUUCAGCUGCCUUGUUCCCAAACAAUGGCUGCGCCUCUCACAGCCAGGCUUCAAACUCUCCUGCAAGCCACGGUGCAAUCGGUUCAGUGGACUUAUAGUCUCUUCUGGCAACCCUGUCCCCAACAAGGGAUCCUGGUGUGGGCGGAUGGUUACUACAAUGGGGCAAUUAAGACCCGGAAAACUGUGCAGCCAGUGGAAGUUAGUGCCGAGGAAGCGUCUCUUCAAAGAAGCCAGCAACUUAGGGAGCUCUACGAAUCAUUGUCUGCCGGGGAGACCAACCCUCCGGCUCGACGGCCUUGUGCUGCCUUGUCGCCCGAGGACCUAACCGAAUCCGAAUGGUUUUAUCUGAUGUGUGUCUCUUUCUCCUUUCCUCCUGGCGUCGGGCUACCGGGGAAAGCAUAUGCGAGGAGGCAGCACGUAUGGCUUGCCGGUGCAAACGAGGUGGACAGCAAAACGUUUUCAAGAGCUAUUCUUGCCAAGAGUGCUCGCAUACAGACCGUGGUGUGCAUACCUCUGUUGGACGGCGUCGUAGAGUUGGGCACAACAGAUAAGGUUCUGGAAGACCUUAAUUUUAUCCAACACGUGAAAAGCUUCUUCACAGAUCACCAGCGGCAGCACCACCCUCCACCGCCAAAGCCCGCCCUCUCCGAGCAC